UCAUAUAUUCAAUUUUUUUCUAUUUAACUAAUACUGAACACUUUAGUUCUUUAUGUUAGACUCUUACUAUCAAGCAUAGUUUUUUCAGAGAGGACUUAUAUAAAUAAAGUUAUAAUAAUUAAUAGGUAAUAAUAACAAUUUAAUAGAAUGACGGUGAAGAGAACAAGCAGAACAGAACUCAGGUCGAUAAUGGACUAAAAAUCUAUACCCUGUUUAAUAUUCCUCAAAUUCAAUUAAGGAAUAAUUAUGUAUAUAACAUGAGAGUACUGUAUUGUCAAACAGAUUAUAUUUGCAUGACAAAAGUAAAAAAUGAACAAAAAAUAAGAUUUAUGGAAAAUAGUAUGAAUUCACAUUACAAACAAUCACAAGAUCAUAACUAUAAACCGCGACCUGAUGAGCUUUGUGCUGUUAAAUAUAGUGAUGGUAGUUGGUAUAGAAGAGUUUGUAUUGAUGUUGGAAAUAGCGUGGAUGGAAGUCAAUUUUAUAUUAUUAAUUUAAUUGAUUGGGGAGAGUCGGUUUCUGUAACAUCUUCUGAACUGCGAAGAUUGGAAACGUUUUAUAUGAAACACGCGCCUUUGGCAGUUAAAUGCAUCAUAUUAGAUUUCAAGUUAAUUAUCGCGCAUCAAAAAAAUCUGCGUAAACUGGAGAAUAAUGAAUAUAAAUGUAAAAUAAAUUUAAGCUUAGCCCCCAAUGCUUGGAAGUGA